AUGAAGGCGUUCUUAUGCCUGUCGUACCUAGCGGCGUCUGUUUUAGCCGAGUUCACAAACCCCAACUGGAUUAACGGGAAGAGAUUUUGGUCCAAAGGCGAGGAGAUAACUAUCCGAUGGGACGACAAUUGGCCGAAUUGGGGUGACGGGCCUGUCGGCGACGAGUCUCUCCUUGAUCUCUGGAUUACAGGCUAUGCCAACGACGCAUUUGUGCGAAAACUACUUGAACUGGAUACGACCGAUGUGCGGCAAGGUGGGCAAUGGAACUGGACGGUCGAUGUCCCCGACGAUCGUGCCAACGGCAGUAAUCAUGUGUUUCGAUGGAAAGAGCAUCGCGACAAUGAUGUAUGGGACAACUAUUCGUGGGGAUAUCGGAGCAUGAUGUUUGCGGUAUCCAAAGCUGUUGAGCCUUCUUCAUCGUCAUCCACAACCACAUCGAACUCAGGAGCAGAGUCUACGGCUACCUCGAACAGCAUGACCACUUCGGACAACGACUUGUCAAGCCCACCCAGUGGAAUUCCAAGCCCCGAGAAUACACCGUCAGGCAACUAUAGAGCUUCGCGCGGUACAAGUCCAGGUGUUAUUGCAGGUGCGGUAGUUGGUAGUCUGGUCGGUCUAUUGGCUAUUGUCGCGGCUUUCGUUCUCGGUCUGAAGAGAGGGAAGAUAAGGGAGAAGGGCCAAGCAAUCAUCGAUGACUCUGGCGACAGGGUGCAGAAAGAUGCGCCUUCUUCUGCGACAGCAACGCCAGCACCGAUUGAGCAUAACAAAGGGCGCUACAAGACGAGCGAUUUGCCCGAGUGGGUUGCACCGAGAUGA